AUGAAUUUGAAAAUUCUCCCCCUGUUGAUAUUCCCAUUUCUUCCACGGGAUGAAGCAAAAAGGACAGAAAAUGACAAGUUCUUUUUGAGUAAGAAACAGGGGUUGUUAUUCCCCGCCCAGGGUGUGUACAGCUUAGCGAAAAGGGGAAAAAACGGACGCUACCUCUUUAUAGGGAAAAAUAAAGAGAAGAGUAGUGAUCCCCAAAAUGUAAAAAAAAAUGCACCCACAAAUAUUUGCACAUUAAAAAAUGAUGGUUCCUACGUGGAGCAGUUAGGAGGUUUAACAAACCGGAUAAUGAAUUUUUUCAGGAGAGAAAAAACCAUGAUCGAUAAGAUAAAAGAUUUAAAUGAGCAGGAGAGUCUUUGGUUUGUUACUGGGUAUGCCAAAAAUCUGUUCAGUGAAAAUUCGUAUUAUCACAUUAUCGGUUUCGAGCACGUAAAAGAGGUGGACUUGAAGACACUGACUCGUUUGAAUAGGGUUCCCCCUUUGGACAAUUUGCUGCCCGGGGAUAGCGUGCGGAAGGGCAACUAUUCCGUGGCCGCCGCGUACAGGGUGGACAAGCGUGUGAUUUUUUACAAAAAUGGGCAGUCUACACCGAUAGGGGGGUCAGGUGAUGUAACAGCCUCUCUCACCUCCAUUUCGAGGAGCAUUUCUGGAAGCUCCGGAGAAAGUCCCACCGCAGGAUCUAUUGCCGAUCCCCGCAUGAACCAGAACUACAUGCUCUGCUCCUACGCGUACUUCAUAUUCUACGUGUACGAUAAGGAAAAGAAAAAAUAUUACAUAUGCACAAGGGACAUGAACGAUGAGUGCUCCCUUUACGAAAUGGACAACAUGGACAAAGAAGACCUGUACCAUUUUCUGUACAAUUGCACCUCAAGCAAAAAGGACCUAAAAAAGGUGGAUGUGGUCUCUUUGAUUAAGAAGAACAGGACAGCCAAACGCGCGACAGAUGAUAUGUCCACUGAGGAACUUUUAAAUGUGCACAAUUACACAAAUAAGUUUAAUUCGUAUUUGAAAAGGCUAUUCAACGUGUGCCAUAACUCAGACAUCCUCUUGGAAAAUAGAAUGAACAGAAAAUAUGAACAGCCAAACAUUACGUUCAUUUUUGGAAACAUCAAUUUUUUAUUUAAAAAUAAAACCUACUUGGAAUAUUUAAAAAAUUUUUUUCUUAAAAAUGAUCAACAGAAAAAUCUGCUCGAACUUAUUUUUAAGGAUAACAAGGGGUACAAGUUUUACGUCCAGAAUGACGUCACGGAUAAAUCAUCCUACGUGCUGAGGUGCACCAAAAUUAGCAAAAAAAAAUUCGACAUGGUGUGCAAACAGUUGCGUACAAUUUAUGAAUAUAAUAGUUGUAAUGCAAAGGGGAAGGAAGGACAAGAACGGGAAGAUCCUUUCUUUGUUUACGCGAAAAUUUUAUUUGAUAGUUAUGCGAAUGAUUUGGCUAAUAGUGAAAAAAAGAAAAAUUUCCGUGGAGAGGAAAAUUACACCCACAGGAGUAUUUACAUAAACAUCGGCUCAAACGAUUAUUUUGAAGGCGGAGAAGACAUCUCAUUUAGCAGCGCUGACGAAGGUCUUUUAUUCAACUUGACAAAGAAUUUUCUGGACAGCUUAGUUUCCUGCAUACAUGUGUGA